AUGUCUAACGACCGUUCGACCUCGCCUAUAUCUGUACCGCCUCCUUCGGGACGUCAGAGGCGGGCCUCAUUAGCCUCCUCCUUCACCGAUUAUCUUUCAAAGUCUGCAAACCCUGGGAGUACCUCGGCCUCAACGGGUCCCAUGGCCAGCGCAGUAGCCAACGCGCAAUCCAACCAAGGCCGGAGGCUCUCGAUCACUACGCUAGGGCUCUCGGGUUCUCCGACUCAAACUUCUUCGCUGGGCCCCCGGAAUUUCCGACAAGGCAGCGUAUCCAGCUCCGUGGGAUCCAACUCGGCGACCUACGAGGAUGCGGUCACCGAGGAUAGCGAAAACGGCCCUUCCGGUGCUACCCCGAGCUCACCGUUCGCCCGGCGAGUCUCUUUUGGCGCACAAGCUCUACGUGAAGCCCGCGCUGGAAGUAUUAGCAACGGUAAAUACCCCCCUCAAGAGCGAGUCUUUCCUGGUAGACGACGUCAAACUGCGUCAUUGCCCACCGGCACCGGAUCAAUUGGUGCAGGUAUAGAUCAAGUUGCUCCUCAGAACGAAAGGUCUAACUCCUCUGGGCGACUCUUAGGCGAAGGCUUCAACUGGUCCGAAGCCCUUCGGAGCCGAGCGGAGCGUGCACCCUCGUUUGGUGCCAUUUCUCCCAACGGGUCUUCCAACCAGCAUUCGGUCUACGCAGGCCAGUCUGCCCAUCAUCAACGUGCAGCUUCGAUUGCCUCGAUGGAGCAGCCUGCUCGGGAGCUACCCAAGCAACCCCGUCAGAACAAGCCGGACUUCUUCCAAGAGAAGAUUCUUCGAGGGGAUUUUAUGGAUUAG